ACAGAAUUUGAGUUCGAGAGUGAAGACUAGUUAACAAUAAUAUUUUUCAUUAUUUUCAAUUUUUGUCAAGUCAACUCAACUCAAUUUUUGGAUAGUUAAAAUAAUAAUUAUAUUUACGUUUUGUAUUAACUAUUAACUCAUCAAAUUUGUAUUAAUAAAUAUGGGACAAAGUCAUUCGGGUGGUGGAGGAGCCGGAGGUGAGAAGAAAGAUGACAAAGACAAGAAGAAGAAGUACGAACCACCAAUUCCAACUAGGGUUGGUAAGAAAAGGAAACGUGCAAAGGGUCCAGAUACAGCCACAAAAUUACCUCAAAUUACACCACACACAAGAUGUCGUUUGAAGUUGUUAAAACUAGAACGUGUAAAGGAUUAUUUGAUGAUGGAAGAAGAAUUCAUAUUGAAUCAAGAAAGAUUGAAGCCCCAAGAAGAAAGAAACGAGGAAGAAAGAUCUAGGGUAGAUGAUUUACGUGGAAGUCCAAUGUCGGUUGGUACUUUGGAGGAAAUUAUCGAUGACAAUCAUGCCAUUGUGUCAACGUCUGUUGGAAGCGAACACUAUGUUAGUAUAUUGUCAUUUGUUGACAAAGACCAAUUGGAACCGGGUUGCUCUGUUUUGCUAAACCAUAAGGUUCAUGCAGUUGUAGGUGUUUUAUCUGACGACACUGAUCCAAUGGUAACUGUUAUGAAGUUAGAAAAAGCACCCCAAGAAACUUAUGGCGAUAUUGGUGGGCUGGAUCAACAAAUUCAGGAAAUAAAAGAAUCUGUUGAGUUGCCACUCACUCACCCUGAGUAUUAUGAAGAAAUGGGUAUUAAACCCCCCAAAGGAGUGAUUCUGUAUGGACCUCCGGGUACUGGAAAAACUCUUUUGGCCAAAGCCGUUGCCAAUCAAACUUCAGCUACAUUCUUAAGAGUUGUUGGAUCGGAACUUAUCCAAAAAUAUUUGGGAGAUGGUCCUAAGUUGGUUAGAGAACUGUUCCGUGUUGCAGAAGAACAUGCUCCAUCAAUAGUCUUUAUCGAUGAAAUUGAUGCAGUGGGUACCAAACGUUACGACUCAAAUUCUGGAGGAGAACGUGAAAUUCAACGUACUAUGCUGGAGUUACUUAACCAACUGGAUGGUUUCGAUUCGAGGGGUGACGUUAAGGUUGUGAUGGCCACUAAUCGUAUUGAGACCUUAGAUCCAGCAUUAAUUCGUCCUGGCCGUAUUGAUCGAAAGAUCGAGUUCCCCUUGCCAGACGAAAAGACCAAACGUCGUAUAUUCAAUAUACACACUUCUAGAAUGACAUUGGCUGACGGAGUUAAUCUACAAGAACUAAUUAUGGCCAAAGAUGAUCUCUCUGGAGCUGAUAUUAAGGCAAUUUGUACUGAAGCUGGUUUGAUGGCGCUCCGUGAACGUCGUAUGAAAGUGACUAACGAAGAUUUCAAGAAAUCCAAGGAGAGUGUUUUGUACCGCAAGAAAGAAGGCACUCCUGAAGGAUUAUAUUUAUAACAUGUUGAAACUAAUCCAUUAUUCUUAUCAAAUUUAAUAAUUUUUAUAUUUAUAUUUUCAAAAUUCAAUGCAUAAAUGAAGUCGAAAAUAUAUAUGUGUAACAUAA